GUUUGCGGUUUGCACUGUUUACAAACGAUAAAACUUAUUUACAACGCACAAGUAGACGUCUAUAAAUCGUCCGACACCGAGAGAACCUACACUGUGACAUUCGCCUGGUGCUUCGUUGAACGUGGUCCGACUACAACAACCAGACAACGAUUCAACGGGUAGCUAGACAAUUUGAAAGUGACUUCCAUUCAGUCAAGCCAGUUUAGGCAACGAGUUAGCUUCGAGUGUGUCAAUUAUAAGCAAAUCAAAACCCGAAACACCUACCUCUUCCAAGUUUGCAUUGAAUAGAAUGGCCAGCAUCGAUACAACAAUCCUGCCUUUCGAAGAGAAACCACUGCAUACACCGCCUUUGGAAGAAAUUCGCAAUGUGCUUGAGACCAGUUUGACAUCCAAUUUCGAACAUGUAAAAGUGGAAGUUGUGAACUGCCCAAACCUGAUGGAGGAACCAUUUCACCUAGCUGGCCGAGGUCUUAAUGGAAGCCCGACACUGGUAGAACUUGGUGGGCCUCCAUAUUUGCUACCUAAUGUGGACUACACCAAGCUGUACGAUCUGGUGUCUGUAUCGCAACGGGCUUUAAAUGAUACGAAAAAAGAGUUCCUCGCUAUCGGUGCAGGAGCCGGCCCAUAUCCACUGAUAAACUCCAACUGCGAAGGUAUGUUCAACCUCAAGGUGAACGCCAACGGUCACGUGAUCAGUGAAAGUCAUCUGGCGAGGGUAACACCCGAUCGCAAAAAACCUAUACUGGUGAAAAUUCCAAGCAGCGAGACCCGAUGCGCGCUGUUAGGAAACAUUUUUCUCUCGGAAGGUAAAUCAGGAAAAGUACUGAAGGUUAGCUGCAAGAAGCGCACAGGUCCUAAAGAUUUCAUUGCAAGCAUUCGUACUGCACUCGAGCACCAUUACAAUAACCAGACAGUCGGAUUGGGCGGUGUGUUUCUGCUGAAGAAUGGCAAAGCCAAACAACAUGUGAUGUCACCAUUUUCGGAAACUCCGAUUUACACCGAAGACGAACUGAACACCUGGCUCAACUUCUUCGACAUGUCAGCAACACUGAUAGCCGUUGGCACCUUAGUAACGAAUGAGUGUGACCUUGAUCUGCGGUUGCAGCAUUUUCACAGCUUCUCGCGGCACGGCGAAGGCGGCCAUUAUCAUAUCGAUACCACACCGGAUGUGGUUGAAUACGAGGGAUACUUUAACGUGGGGGAGAAAAUUGUACGGGUCGAUAAGCCAAUCAAUACCCACAAGUUUGGAAGAGAUUGAUGUUUUUAUAGAUUUGACAUUAAAAAUUUAUUGAUUCGCUCCAGGCGGUUUGAUUUUUGUUCCGUCGAUCCAACGAACCAUAACUAUCUAACAAGUUCAUCCUGAAAAUAGGGCUUUACAAGCAAUAAUGUGAACAUAUUAUUCUCCGGAAGCUGUUUGGAAAGUUUCGUAGAUAUCGGGCUUGUGGAUUGAAAGUUGUUCAUAAAAAUUUC